AUGGCCGUAGGAAAUAAAUCUGCUGGCCCAUCAAGACAACAGCCAAUCACCGCUUUUUUCGGUGGUGGCAAAUCCGAAUCUAAGCCCGAGCCUAAGCCGGGGCCUUCCUCCGACCAUGAUGACAGUGAGGCAUCCGAGGAGCCUGUCGAUGGCGAUGCAGUGGUAGAUGACAACGAAAAUGGCUUGGAAGAUGACAAGGGCAAGAGGAGGAGAAACGACUACACACCGCCCGACGAAUCCAACCUGGCCCCCAUCUCUGACAUUCCAGCUAUCUUUGCCGAUAUCGUACGUCGUAUGCCCGAGAUCGUGGACGUCGCACGACGCAUCCAGGGCCGCAAGCUGCGCAUAGCGACUAUGUGCUCUGGCACUGAGUCACCUCUCCUCGCUCUUGGCUUGAUCAGGCGAGCUAUCCAGGCCCAACACGGCAUCGACUUGGAGAUCGAGCAUGUUUUUUCCUGCGAGAUUGUACCAUUCAAACAAGCGUACAUCGAACGAAACUUCCAGCCGCCUCUCCUCUUCCGCGACGUUUGUGAGCUCGGUGACGAAUACGCAUAUACUGCAUACGGAUCUGAGGCCCUUGUACCUGGAAAUGUCGAUAUACUCAUCGCCGGCACCUCUUGUGUCGAUUACUCGCAAUUGAAUAACCAGAAGAAAGGUUUGGAUGGAGGUGGAGAAUCAGGGCGGACAUUUUUCGGGAUGUUAAACUGGGUCAAGAAACACCAGCCUCCCAUCGUCAUUUUGGAGAAUGUGUGCUCUGCUCCCUGGGACGGGGUCAAAGGCGAGUUCCGCAAGGUUGGAUAUAGUGCCGAGUCUAUGUUCUUGGACACCAAGUACUAUUACAUCCCUCAUACCCGAACGCGAGGAUAUAUGAUGGCUGUUAACACGAAGAAGUCGAACAUUGCGGAGAAUUGGGUGAAGAAGAUGAUUCAACUUCGGCGGGAGGCAUCGUCGUCGUUAGAUGGUUGGCUCUUGCCCGCGGACGACCCUCGCAUCUUCCAGUCGAGAGAGAAGCUUGUCCAGGAGAGUUACAAUGCUGUCGAUAGGAAGACCGGUCGGACUGACUGGACGCGAUGUGAAUCCCGACAUCAACGUGCUCGGCUCGACGAGAAACUCGGAACCAAACGUCCAUUGACAAACUGGGACGAAGGCGGUUCCUGUAAGAUGCUGGAUUUCGGUUGGGCAGAUUGGGUUCAAGGUCAAGUCGAGCGUGUGUGGGAUUUGAUGGACAUAUCUCUCCUCCGCUCUGCGAUUGUUGAUAUUGACCCUGCUUUCAAAACUCAGGUUUGGAACCUCUCUCAAAAUGUGGAUCGGUCAACUGGCUCUGGGAAAGUCGGAAUUUCGCCUUGUCUGACGCCCUCCAUGAUUCCCUACAUCACCAACCGAGGGGGUCCCAUGGUUGGACUUGAGGCGUUGCACAUGCAAGGUCUUCCUAUCGACGAGCUCUUGCUCACGCGCGAGACGGAAGAUCAACUCGCAGACUUGGCCGGCAAUGCCAUGUCCACCACUGUCGUUGGUACUGCAAUUCUUGCAGCCUUGAUCCUCGGCCACAAGCUUCUCAAAGAAGGUGACGCGAAGACCACAUACGAGGGGACUAGCAUAAUCGAGGAGAUGGAGGAAGACUCAGGUGUCAUGGAUGUCGAUGCUCCAGCGGUCGGCGAUCAUAUCACUGGCGAAGAUCAGCUGUCCGAGCAGCCUUUAGACCUCUCGACGACGGUUGAUCAGGCGCUUCCUCUGAUCAUAGCGGAUUCUAUGCGCAGCGUACGUCUGUGCGAAUGCGAAGGGCGAAAGGAUAUCACCGAGCGACAGCUAAAUCGGUGCAAGGAUUGCGGAUGGACGUCCUGCGCCAAGUGCGGAGGCCGGCCUGAACACAAUUACGAGGCAAUCGACGUGACAGCGGAACCGAGAGUUGCUCCCUCCAUUUUCAACCGGUCAUUUAAAUCCUUCCUUCCGAUGUGUGUUAUUUUCUCCAACGCUACUGCAGAGCUCCUAGACUCUCUCAAAGAGCACGCUGGGGUGUCAAUACCUUCGAAACGGUGGUCUGCUUGGCGCUCCGCCGUCUCGGAGGCCGCUCAACUUGAAUUGCGUUUCGUCGAAACAAAGCGUCAGGAAAUUUGGUCGGCCACUUAUGAAUCGGAUAAAGCUCGCCUUGAGCUAUAUCUCCACUCAGGGCGUCCUGAAUGGUAUUUCUUCGCCAAACCGGAGUCGAGCGAGCCUGCAAAUGCCGAGAUUCGGAAGAUCCUCCUGUUGCCUGCCGCUCGUCUUGUUUGCAAGGACGCGUUGCUCAAAGGCCAAUGGGAAUUUGCGUUGCCGCACACGACGAAGGUGGACAUCAUGAUCAAGGGUGUCGGUGAUUUGGUGUCUUCUUGGCAAGCGAAGUUGGGCCUCCAACUUGAACAAUACAAGGACAGUACCGUGUACUCGCAGCUGCAGGUUACCGUCGCCCAAGAUGAUGUCUCCCACUUCGAUCGUGAUAUUACAGGUCUAUAUACUCUCCUGGAUCAAUGCGGAACGGCCAACAGCGCGCUGCACAAGAGGAAUGUCUCCGAUGAGGACGCCUCGCAGCCCCCUCUCUUCAUGCUGAUAGAUCCCUCACGGUGCGGCAACCCAGCUGAUGAUGGGUUCGUCUUUGCGAGUAGUAUCCGCCGAUACGAAUACGGCGAAGCUCGUCCAGUUGUUGCGCGUCUUGACUCUGGGUGGAGACAAUCAAGUGUGAGCGACAAGCUAGUUCAAUGCUCCAUCCCGCAGAAGUAUGCUGCUGCUGUCGGCGUCCAGCUGAAGCCGUCAGCACUUGGUCAAGAUGCUCGCUAUGCGGUUCCUCAGGAAGAGUUCAAUAUCUCGCUGGAGGAAAACUCUUGCCUAACCGCAAAUGCUUUGCUUGUCGCCCGAGUUCCCCUCCAAUCACAGGCAGGGAUUGAGUGGCCUCGUGGAGCCUGGAAGGAAAUUGAGCACAUUCACGAGCGUGCUACCUUCCGAUCUAUGUCUUGGUUGGUCGAGCGGAUCAAAACCAUCGACGGUAUCUUUAACUCCUGGCAGGCUGUAUCGCUUCAUGAAGGUCAUGCGAACUGUGACCGAUGCGCCCCACCUGCUCCAUCGCUUCGUUGGAUCAAACAGGGCAAGGGCGUUGUUGCUAUUGAAGACAGCAUCGAGGCCGGCAAGUACGAACGUCGAUUAAAGGGUCGUCCGGCACCAUUCGUUACGCAACUCAAACUUGACGACGAUGAAGUGGCACAUGUGCGCAUUGGUGUCAAUUUUGCAUCUCUUAUCCAUCGUGCCCUGUCGCGCCUUCCUCAUCACGGCACCAAAACCGAGCGUACUGUCACAUGGCGCUUGGACACCGACUUCAAACCUCUGGUCAAGCUGAUCCUCCCCAAAUUCAAGCUCUCUUCUAACCGUCGCGACCCCGAGCACUCACAGCCUCCUCGCUUCGUCACCCGCCUUCGUCCCGAACAACUCCGCUCUCUCGAUUGGAUGAUUCGUCAGGAGGCUACGGACGCACCUGUCUUUAUGGAGGAGGAGAUCUCGGAAGCGAUUCUUGAACCUCUCGGUUGGCGAGCUGAAGGCCGUGCGCAACAGCCUGUGCGUGUCCGUGGUGGUGUCCUUGCAGAUGAAGUUGGGUACGGAAAGACCGCAAUCACCCUCGGUCUCAUCGACUCCACCAGGAAGGCCGUCAAAAAGGAAGUUGCCAACGCGAACGCUGCAGGAGACAUGCCUGGCAAGAUUCGAGUUUCUGCGACGCUUGUAGUUGUGCCCGGGCAUUUGACGAAGCAAUGGGCGAACGAGGUCCAAAAAUUUGUUGGCAAUAACACCUUCAAAGUCGUUCUUCUCCAGAACGUGGGUCAUCUCAAUUCGCUCAAGAUCGAAGACGUUCAAGAGGCAGACAUCGUCAUCGUUGCGUCAAGUCUAUUCAAAGGCAUCAACUACUUAGAUAAUCUAGAAGCCUUUGCAGCGGGAGGCUCUCUUCCCAAGAAUGACGGCAGAUACUUCAACACACGGCUAGACGAAUCCCUUGGAUGUCUUCGCGACCAAGUGGACAGGCUUAGAACAGAAGGUUCGCUGGAUGUGAUGGCCGAGAUUCAUGCAGCGCGUAAAAGAGAGGGUAUGGACGUUGACGAGGAUGAAGGAGGCGUGUCUUCUGCCACAUCAGCCAGCACAUCAAAAAAGCGCAAACGAGAGGACAACGCAAAGGAGAAAAAGGAGAAAAAGCCGAAACCCCUGCGCGAAGUCAAGGACCCUUGGAAGUUGCGCGGUUCCGCAAAAAGAAAUUGGUCGGAGAUGCAAGCUCCACCGCUGGAGAUGUUUCACUUCGCGCGCAAAGUUGUUGACGAGUAUACCUACCUCGAAGGCAUUAUCCAUACUCUCAUCACCAAAGUGACUGCAGAUCGCAGCUGGGUCCUCUCCGGUACUCCUCCAAUCCAUGACUUCGGUGCAGUGAAGACCAUUGCAGCAUUCUUGGACGUACAUCUAGGUGUUGACGACGAUGGCGAAGGCCAAUCGGCGCAGAUCAAGAAACGACGUCGGGAGCAAACAGCUGCGGAGAAGUUCCACUCUUUCCGGGAGACGCACAGCUUGGACUGGCAUGCUCAUCGCCAUGAGGUUGGUCAAGCAUUCCUGGAUCGCUUCGUUCGCCAGAAUGUCGCUGAGAUCGACGAAAUUCCUUGGGAAGAGAAAAUCGAGAAGAUCAAUCUUCCAGCAGCAGAGCGUGCAAUCUACCUCGAGCUCGAACACCACCUUCGUGCUCUCGAUAUGACCAUCAAGCGCAGCAAAAAAACCGAGAGUGAUCGUGAAAAGCGACUUGCCCAGUCUCUGGGUGACAGCAAAACUGCGGAGGAAGCACUCCUCAAGCGGUGUUCGCACUUCGAACUCGAAACCUCCGACAAGGAGAAUGCCAUGAAAGCCUGCUCGGUCAUCGUCCAGGAGCGCGAGAAGCAGCUUAAGGAUUGCAAGACAGAGUUCCAGUCAGAACUCAGUGAGGCGCUAAAAAUGGAGAAAAAGAUCGAGAGCGACCUCGCAAAAGCCGGCAUCACCAUCACCAGUGAGGAGACGCUCUUCCGGGAGUUCGUCCGCGUCAACUUCACCGAGGGCACUGGCGACGGCGACGCAACGGCGAUGCUCAAGGAAUUGAUGCUCAAAGUCGGCAUCAAGCCGCCCAUAAACCAAAAUAGGGCCACCAGGAUAAGCGAGAUGAAGGGAAAGCCGAAGGGCAAGGAGGAGGGAAUCCCCAAGAAGAUCUCAGAUAUGAUGUGGGGACUCCGCGAGCACACGCACGUCCUGCGCCGGUUGAACAAGGAGCUUGUCGGGCGCGUGCGGUCGCUGCGCUACUUCACCGCUGUGCGUGAUUUGCAGAAACAGCGCGAGGUCCCGCCUGUCGUGUCUUGCCCCUCGUGCGGACGCAAGGAGGUGCCCGUUGACGACAUCGCCAUCCUGUCGUCUUGUGGUCAUGCUGGCUGUGUGGCAUGCGUCAGGGGGUGUGCUGCCGAGGAGAAGUGCGUCUCUAGCGACACGGGCGAGUGUAAGGCCUUGGCGAGGAUGCUCAACGUCGUCAAGGGUGAUACCCUUGGUGUUGAUGACGAGGAGCGGGACGGGAAGGGCAAGCACUUCGGUCUGAAGCUUGAGAAGAUCAUAAACCUGAUCAAAAAACGAGUGCCCGCUAAGGAGCGCGUACUUCUCUUUGUCCAGUUUCCCGACCUAAUGAAGAAAGUCGCGGAGGCGCUCAAGGCCAACGACAUCGACUUCCUCGAGAUCAAGGGCUCUGCAUCGGCCAAAUCGAAGGCGCUAGAGAAGUUCCAGCAGGCAAAGGGCGAGCGCGUCCUGCUGCUUAAUGUCAUGGACGAAAGCGCCUCCGGCGCGAAUCUGACGUGCGCGAACCAUGCCAUUUUCCUCUCACCGCUACUGGCGACGUCCCAGGAGAUCUAUGAUGCAUGUGAGACGCAGGCGAUAGGGAGGCUGAGGAGGUACGGCCAGUUGAAGCACGUACAUAUAUGGAGAUUCUUGACCAUGGAUACCAUCGACGUGGAGAUUUUCGAGCAGAGAACUGGACAGAAAGUGUAA